UUUACAUUCUUAUUGGUUUGAACUUUUAAGUUUAAGAUUUAACUAAAUGGAAUCCCUCGCAAAAUACCGAUAUAGUUUGGUGGCUGGGUCCUUUGCAGCUGCAGGAAGCUUUUUCGGAAAACUGCCCAGCCACCUCAGCGCCCGGAAAUUACUCAAUCCUUCGGAAACUCAAGGAGACUCUUCCUAUUUAGAAAUAGCUUUAAUUCAGCUGCUGCCAUUAGUGCUAAUGGUAAUAUGCAAUGUUUGCAACUUGCGCUGCUUUUUGAAGGCCCUGCAAAUGACUGAACAAACUUUAACCUGCGUCGUUUUAACUUCCGCUUCGAAUUAUGUCUUAUCGUUUAUUUUAGGAGCGCUUGUCUAUCGGGAGCCACUUACAGUAUUGUCUGGCAUCGGAAUAACACUCAUUCUGGCUGGUCUUUGGUUUCUCUGCGAUGGAGGAACCGUUGAGUCCAAGAAGCCAGACAAAAUUGAAUAGUUAGCUUCUUUUUUAGAAUUAUUUAAUAUACGCUUUUAUGUUUUUCCGGAGUUGAAUUGUAGCCAAGUAGCCCCAUUUAACUUAAAAACUUCUUUUUCCAUUUUUAAUUUCAAAUAUUCCAAGAAAAUAUAAAAAUCUUGGGCCCAAAUACUUGAAGAAAACGAAUGGCUUAUAUACUUUUGUUUAAUAUAUGUACUAUCUUGCAAA